AUUGCUUGCCUGUUAAAUUUGCAUUCUAAUGUGUUUGGUGAAAAAUACACACCAGCAGUUGACCCUUGAUUGUGGUUUUACAGUGAAAUGUUGUAUUGUAAUUUGAACGGACACGGAGGUUUUUUUUACAUGUGUGUUUUAUUUUGAAGGUACACCCGGAAGUUGUUUGUUCGGAAUGCCGGGCUUUUGACCCCGAUUCUCGCCACCUACCCCGUGAUCUCCAAAACAACACAACAAAGUGGAGCAAAUAAAUAUGGCGACCGCAGAGGAGUCACGAAGACGCCCCUCGCUCACUUCCUCUUCGGUCGGCCUGGAGUCGCUGUUCCCCGCCGGCACGUCGGCGCACUCUUGCGGCGACGAGAACCCGGAGCUCGACCGACUGCGGGAGCGUCUCGCUGGCUGGCUGUCGCCGUACGAGCCCGCGCUGCUGUGGCUUCAGCAGCUGCUUGUGUGGGAGAGGCCGCUGUACAGCAUCUCGGUGGCUCUCACGCUUAACACCUUAUUCUGGCUGCUGUCAUCCACCUCCCUGCGCCCUCUCUUCCUGUUGAGUGUGUCCCUCCUGGGACUGAUGCUGCUGGAGAGAUGGAAGCCAAAGUUGCCCAUUAUUACUAUUUCGCAUGAAGAGGUGCCCCCCAUUCAAAGUGAAUCGAUGAGGGCGGAGCAGCGUCUGCUCAGCAUUCCCGAGCUCAGCCACCACCUGGCAGAAAGCUACCUGACGUGCUGUCUGUUCCUGCAUGAGACUCUGCAGUACAAACGUCAAAACCACGGCAAGUUUUGUGCCAUGAUGUGCAGUGGCUGUUUUGCGCUCGCAGGUGUUGGACAUUAUGUUCCAGGAAUCAUGAUCUCUUAUAUAAUUGUCCUCAGUGUGCUGCUGUGGCCCCUGGUGGUGUACCAUGAGCUCAUCCAAAGGAUGUACACUGGCCUGGAGCCCAUCCUGAUGAAACUAGACUACAGCAUGAAGGGAGAUACAGAGCGUCGCAAGCACGACAAGAGGAAGGUGAAGAAGGAGGUGGAAGAGGGUGAUGAGCCAAGAGCAGAGACGGAGAGCGAAAGUGAGGAAGAGCUCUCCUUUUUUGCCCCAACGGUGGAUGUAAAGACCACAGCUCUGGCGAUGGCCAUCACAGACUCCGAACUAUCUGACGAGGAGGCGUCCAUAUUGGAGAGCGGCGGCUUCUCUGUUUCCAGGGCCACGACACCCCAACUCACGGAUCUCUCUGAAGACCUGGACCAGCAGAGCUUACACAGUGACCCAGAAGAGUCCUACCUGCGGGAUCUACCUGAAUUUCCAUCCGUGGAGGAGUUUCCGUCCCUGGAACGCAACCUCCUCCACUUUCCGUUGCAAGGUCCGCGCCAAGGCAACAGACCCCGGCCAGGCGCUCCUUCGGAGGCGGAACCCUUGAGCCCCGCCAGUCUCCUCAUCCAGCACCUGGCGUCCCCGCUCCACUUUGUGAACACCCACUUCAACGGCCACGGGCGACCGCCCGGCGGAGAGGCGGGUGUGCCGCCAGCCACAGAGGGGGAAAUAUCAGGUCGGGGAGGAGAGGAAGAGGAGAAGACGGCGGCUGUGACUGAGGGUGCACAGCUGUCGCUGGAGGCCCUUAGCGAGGAGAUUGUGAGCACGGCCAUCUCCACUGUGGUGCAGAACACUCUGUCAGCACUGUUGCGCUCCAGUGAAGCCAGCGAGGAGCCCGCCCUGGCGGAGUUCCUUCCUCAUGAAACCCCACCGGGCGUUAUGGACACCUCAGUGGCAGCGGCGCUGGGGCCCGAUGACGACCCGGAGACCAUAACCACAGAAGGCGUCACGGGAAAUGACACGCUGGUCGCCACAGAGGACGAGGACUUUGAGCUUCUGGACCAAAGUGAACUGGACCAGGCGGACGAAGGGCUGGACCUCAGCCCCGACGGACUGCUGGUUCGAGAAAACAUCCCUGUAUCCAAAAUAUUCAUCUAAGAGUGUUUCAUACCGUUGGUGGAUGAUUGGAAUUAAGCUGUAGACCUUAGCACAGCUGUCGGCGUUUUAGAUCUAGCGUCCAAAUUUGCCUGGUAAGCAAAUUUCCUGCCGUCGAGUAAACUUGCUGUCCCAAGCAGAUGUUGUAACAGAGAUUUGGAUUAUAAUGCAGUGAAUAUGAGCUCUACAUUUAUUGAAUUCAACAGUGGAUUUAAGGAGGUUUACAGCUCCCUUAAUGAUGUCUGUUCGAGCCCCAAAGUAAAGGUUUUUACUUUUAUGUUGAAUCAGGCCAAGUGAGUCACUUGUUGCCUGGAAACUAUGACAUUGUUGGAUGUUGACCAGAACUUACACACGUAAGUGACUUCAAAGGCUUUGAGUUAUUCAUCCUCAUAUCUAAUGACUAACCGCGCCGAUCACAUGACAUGCCAGGCACUACGCAUGUGUUGAACUAAAGAGUUCACUGCAUCAGAAUCAAGGGCAGGUUUUAAUAACCACUCGGCGUCCAAAUCUCUGUAGCGUUGUGUUUUGUUCCCGACUUGUCCUUGUGCACUCUUUGUACUAACUUCCCCACGUACCAGCCUCCCUGUGUAUAUUGUAGAAAUGUUGAAAAAAAUAUAUAAUUGUGUAUGUUCUGCAUGUAAAAUGACACUGUUUAAUAUCUCAGCUGACUACGUGCUGCACAUGUGUGUGUGUGUGUGUGUGUGUGUGUGUGUGUGUGUGUGUGUGUGUGUGUGUGUGUUGGGGGGUGGGGGGGAGAAGAACACAUUUGAAUGUUUCAGGUUAAAAGUCCGUUAAUAUUUUCCUACUAAAGGAAUAAAUGUUUUGCUCUGUCCUCAUUUUCAAUACAACGCAACUGUAAAAAAAAUAUUCAUAACAUCGGAGGCUAGCAAUUUGUGUUUUGUGGUAGUGUGCAUACAAUAAUGCUUCAUAAAACUUGCUGAAUUGUAAAGUUAUAAAAAAAAAAGAAGAAAAAAAGGAUUAUAUUUUCUAAUUUCUCUUUUUUCCACCAAAGUACUCAGUUUGAUCUUUUACAUCUUGAGACCUAUUCAAAGCAAAAGACCACGUUUCACUGGAUGAGCAGGUUUAUUGGACGCAAACGGGUAAAUAAAAACUGCAGCUCCACGUGUGGAAGUGAGAGAAUAAAAGAACAAACUGAAACAAAACACAAAAAGUCACGUCAUGGUUUUUGUUCCACGCUGACACGAUCGGUUUCUUCACCUCCCGGGCUCUCCUGCUUGGACAUCUUUUUCCUGCGAGGAAACAUCUGUUACGACAAAGUGCUUCUUGGCUGCCAUCUUGUCCUGUAUGUACUCGCCUGAGUUCACUUGCAGAGAG